GAGAUCAGAUAUUGAGCUCCGCUCUACAUUCUAGAGAAGAGACCUGAUCUGGAUCUUGUUCUAGAAUGCAGACACUUUUGUUGUUUAUCAUUCUCCAUGCUUCCUUUGGAGAAGUCUUCCCAGGACGUGUAUUCCAAACCCUCUCCCACUUAAAACCCCAGAAAAGCGAUGAUGUGCAGACCGGCGCGGUACGAGAUUUGCUACAAAGAUUGAUCGGCGACCGAGUGAAAGAGUUUCUAGUAACUGUAAAUGCCUCUUUAGCUGGCAAGGAUGGUCUGGACACUUAUCAGCUGAGCUCGCUGGGGGCCGGAAAGGUGUCUGUUGCCGGGAGCAGCGGUGUGGCAGCUGCCACGGGAUGUUACUAUUACUUGAAAUACUACUGUGGAUGCCACAUCUCAUGGUCAGGAGUUCAGCUGCAGCUGCCUUCUACUCUUCCAUCGGUGGCUUCAACAGUUACGGUUAAAACACCAAACAGGUUCCGUUACUAUCAAAAUGUCUGCACCUCCAGUUACUCAUUCGUCUGGUGGGAUUGGACUCGCUGGGAAAAGGAAAUAGACUGGAUGGCCCUCAAUGGCAUUAAUAUGCCCCUGGCUUUCACAGGUCAGGAAGCUAUUUGGCAACGGGUUUAUUUGUCUUUGGGCCUGAACCAAUCAGAAAUUGAUAACUUCUUCACUGGACCAGCUUUUUUGGCCUGGGGGCGAAUGGGAAAUAUUCACACUUGGGCUGGCCCUCUGUCUUCUUCAUGGAUGGAAAAUCAGUUGUUCUUGCAGUAUAAAAUUCUGGCGAGAAUGAGGUCUCUAGGAAUGAUCACAGUAUUGCCAGCAUUUUCCGGACACAUCCCACAAGGCAUUGUAAGGGUGUUUCCUACGGUAAACGUAACCAGGCUUGGCGGGUGGAGCAAUUUCAACUGCACCUAUUCCUGCAGCUACCUUCUGGACCCUGAAGAUCCUCUUUUCCUGAAGAUAGGAGGCCUUUUUAUGAGGGAGAUGAUCCGGGAGUUUGGGACUGACCACAUUUACAACUCUGACACUUUUAAUGAGAUGAAUCCCACCUCUUCUGAUCCAGCGUACUUGUCAACAAUCAGCAGUGCCAUAUUUAAAUCCAUGGCAGAUGUGGAUCCGGAUGCCAUUUGGCUGAUGCAAGGUUGGCUAUUUGUUAACAGUCCAUCAUUUUGGAAACCUGCACAGGUUCGUGCCCUCCUACAUGGAGCACCUAUUGGAAGAAUUAUUGUACUGGAUCUGUUUGCAGAGACUACACCAGCUUACCGAACCACACAAUCAUUUUUUGGUCAACCAUUUAUCUGGUGCAUGCUCCAUAACUUUGGAGGAAACCAUGGGUUAUUUGGGAAAGUUGAAAGUAUCAACAAAGGACCAUUUGAUGCCAUUUCUUUUCAAAACUCCACUAUGGUCGGCACAGGGCUUACUCCAGAAGGCAUAGAGCAGAAUGAUAUGAUAUACGAGUUGAUGAAUGAAAUUGGUUGGCGUUCUGAACCCCUCAAUUUGACUCAGUGGAUCUCCAGCUAUGCAGACAGGCGUUAUGGUCAGAAAAAUUCUAAUGCCAGGGCAGCAUGGCAGAUGCUACUGAGUAGUGUCUACAAUUGUACACAGAAUUGGAAGGACCACAACCACAGCCCUCUAGUCAGACGACCAUCUUUAAAAAUGAACACAGAAAUUUGCUAUGAGCAAAAUGACCUCUUUGAGGCUUGGAGGCUCAUGCAUGCUGCUUCAUCUACAAUGGCCAACAGUAAAACCUUCUUGUAUGAUCUGGUAGACGUUACCAGGGAAUCUGUACAGCAGCUAGUAACCGCAUACUAUGUGGAGAUCAAGUCUGCAUAUGAACAUCAGGAUUUACAGAAACUAAUGACUGCAGGUGGUGUUCUGGUUUAUGAUCUCCUGCCCGAACUUGAUGCCCUCCUUUCCAGCCAGCCGCAGUUCUUGCUUGGGCGUUGGCUGGAAGCAGCUAGUUUAAUGGCAUCCACCAAAGAUGAAGCUGCUUUGUAUGACAUGAAUGCGCGUAAUCAGCUCACUUUAUGGGGUCCUGAUGGUAAUAUACUGGACUAUGCCAACAAACAACUGGGUGGACUAGUGCAAGACUAUUAUCAGGAGCGGUGGAGUCUCUUUGUGUGGUACUUGGUAGAGAGUCUUAGCACGCAAGUGCCCUUCAGUCAAACAAAGUUUAACAAAGCUGUCUUUAGCGUUGAAAAGGGCUUUAUCUACAAUGGAAAGGUCUAUAGUUCCCACCCAACAGGAGACACUAUAGAGAUUGUCAGACAUAUUUUCCUGAAGUAUUAUCCACAUAUUGUUAAGGUUGGUCACAGUAGACGGAAACAUAGAAUUACACUGCAGUAAAAAAAAACGGGGGGGGGGGGGGAGUACAUGCACAAGGCAUGUUUUUUGUGUCAAAUAAUCCUCAAGUUUAUUAAAAAAACAAAAAAAAACAAAA